AUGACAGAACCUCGCCGGCGCUGGACAGCUGCUGAGGACGCGCUCCUCUGGGAUCUAUACCAGGUCCAGGAAAAAGCACCUACCGGUAAAUGUCAGAAAAUCAACUGGAACGAGAUCGCGCGACACAUCCCCGGCCGCACGAAUAAGGACUGUCGGAAGCGGUACUAUAAUCGGUUUACGGGGGGUCUGCGAAAGGGCUCAUGGACGCAAGAAGAAGACGAACGACUGUUCCGGCUGGUAGAGCGGUACCAGUACCGAUGGGCGACGAUUGCACAGAAGAUGGAGACGAGGAAUGCAGACCAAUGUUCAAAGCGCUGGCAUCACUGCCUGAACCCAGAGCUGGAGCGCAGUCCAUGGACGGUGGAUGAGAAUAUGCUCCUGUUAUCGGCUGUCAACACCCACGGCAGCAGCUGGAAAGAUAUCCAAAAAUGCCACUUUCCGACGAGGUCGGCAAACAAUAUCAAGAACCAAUACACCAUCCUUUCGCGAAAGAAUAUCAGCCUUGCCCCGGCACAUCUGCACCCUUGCUGCGAUUCGCCAUCGCCGAGCAAGUCGUCGCGCCGUCCUCCUUCAACGCCAACGUCAACACCGCAGGUACCCGGCAGCAGACAGGGGAGCAGCUACGAUCCUUACGACUACGGCUCGCUCUCAUCCACGCCCCAGCUCUCGGCAACCGACUACCUGCCUGCGACGCCUGAAGCCCCCGCCGUGAACUUCGACAUGGCCAUGGGUGCCUUUGGUGAUUCUUGCGGGUACAUGCCACAAUACCAGCCCUCACCGUCGUUCUAUGCAAACUCACCAGACGGCUCGGAGUUGAUGAUGCCCGAGACGAUGGGGAUGAGAAUGAGAUACGAUUUCCGCGAUGGAUUGGAGCAGGAGGGCGUUCGGUAUCCUGGGCAGGAGACGUUUGGGUAUUGAGAUUACUGUGAUUAUUGGCAGCUUUGACAGCUUCGUACAAUCUCCAUUCGUUCAUUGAUAGAAACGGCUAGGUAGACUGAAGGCGUUCCUGACAAGUUUGCUCUCAACAACACUGAUCCACGUAGAGGGGUAUGUAGGAGAUACCACGACACCGACGCGCUGCAGCCUUAACCAGGCCAGGGAAGCACCGGCGUGCUAGAUAUGCACCCGUUGAUCUUGGUACUAAGAGGCAUACAGCAGCCGACACUCUGACCAUUCAGUGCAGACAGUCGUCGCU